AUGGGCCAAAGUGUUGGGGUCGACCUCGCGGAGCAGACUGGCUUCAGGCCUGUGGUUGAGAAUGGAGCGCACGCGGCUGGUGACAAGCGCGAUGUGCCGCCACGAGAGCUGGCGCGCCCGGACAAGGGUGAGGAGUCCAGCAUCGAAGGCCCCUCAGGUGAGCCUUUGAACAUCGUUGUCAGGGGUGAGGCACCUACUUCGUCCGUGAGGGCAGAGGCCAGCGGAGGCUCUGGAGCCUCGGCGACGCCGUCGCUGCCCUCUUCCUGGAGCGGAGGUGGUUCAGGCCCUUCACGGCCGCUGGGAGGCGCUGCUGCACUUGCCUGGCAGGCGCAGCAAUCACAGCAGGCCUGGCCCCAACAAGUGCAGCUGCCGCCACAGUUCCAGGUUUUCGGCGGCCUCAGUGACCUGUCAUCGUCACAGGGACUGGGCCCCACCACUGCUGCAGAGGCCGAGGCAGAGUGCCAGCGCCGUGCAGCCCAGAUUGCCGCACUGCACUGCCAGGUUGAAGCAGCCCGCAGUGAGCUUGCACAGCUCCGCCGGCCCUCCGCUGCUGCCGCCAUUGCUCUUGCGCAACAGGCGAGGCAGCUCAUCACGGCCUUCCAACCGGAGUUGGGCGCAGUGAAGGCCAAGUUGGCGCGCACCGCUCAUGUGGCCAGCGAGCUUCAUUCUUGGUUCGUGACGCAUCGCGACAAGAUGUCCAUAGAGGACCCCAGCCGCUCGCCAUCAGCACAGCUGCACCACCGAUUGCAGUCCUGCGAGAUUCUCAUUGAUGGGUUUCGCAGUGUUGCGGAGCGAGUUGAGGGCGUUCUGGAAGUGGCCCUGAAGGACGCGCAGCCUACUGUGUCCGGGAGUCGUCCUGGCCCAACGCCACAAGGAGCCAGGCCAGGGGGUGCAGGAGUCCCCGGCCUGUGGGUACGAGAUCCAGAUGGUAUGAAAGUCCUCGGUAGUCCGACAGAUGCCAGACACAUCGAAGUCUAG